ACGGAAAUGGCCAAGGGGUGGGGAAAAGUGUGGGCAAGGUGUCAGAUUCCCUUUCCCGCUCUCCCGGAGUUCGAGUCGCAGCUUCCCGAGCCGGUCGUGCGGGGGGUCCCGUGCUCUCGCCUGAAGGGCGGGGUCCCGGGCAGGCCUUGUCUCCCCCACCACCACCACCACCACCACCACCCCCGGCUCUCUCCUCUGUGUCCCCCGCCGACCGGCCUCCCACUCCUUCUCCACCAUGGGCAACACGAGCAGCGAACGCGCCGCCCUGGAGCGGCACGGGGGCCACAAGACGCCCCGGAGGGACAGCUCGGGGGGCACCAAGGAUGGGGACAGGCCCAAGAUCUUGAUGGACAGCCCCGAAGACGCCGACCUCUUCCACUCCGAGGAAAUCAAGGCUCCAGAGAAGGAGGAAUUCCUGGCCUGGCAGCACGACCUUGAAGUAAAUGCCAAAGCUCCUGCGCAGGCGCGGCCGACCGUGUUUCGAUGGACAGGGGGCGGAAAGGAAGUCUACUUAUCUGGGUCCUUCAACAACUGGAGUAAACUGCCCCUCACCAGAAGCCACAAUAACUUUGUGGCCAUACUGGACCUGCCGGAAGGAGAGCAUCAGUACAAAUUCCUCGUGGACGGUCAGUGGACACACGACCCUUCGGAGCCCAUAGUAACCAGCCAGCUUGGCACAGUUAACAACAUCAUUCAAGUAAAGAAAACGGACUUUGAAGUAUUUGACGCUUUAAUGGUGGAUUCCCAGAAGUGCUCUGACAUGUCUGAGCUAUCCAGUUCCCCUCCGGGACCUUACCAUCAGGAGCCUUACAUCUCCAAACCAGAAGAGCGGUUUAAGGCGCCGCCCAUUCUUCCUCCACACCUGCUCCAGGUCAUCCUGAACAAGGAUACAGGCAUCUCUUGUGACCCGGCGCUGCUUCCCGAGCCCAAUCACGUCAUGCUCAACCACCUUUACGCGCUUUCUAUCAAGGAUGGAGUGAUGGUGCUCAGCGCCACCCACCGGUACAAGAAGAAAUACGUCACCACCCUGCUCUACAAGCCCAUAUGAAGAGCGAGGAGCUAAUGGUGGGUCCCAGGGACAGGUGCACCACCCGGCUCCCCACACGCAUGCUUUCCACUAGAGGAAUGGACUGUAAAUUUCUCACGUCACACUCUGUAAGACAUUUCGUCCCUGCCGUCGUCUUACUCGAAGGUUUGCUCAGGGACAGCAACUCUGGAGGAGCCUGGGUCUGUGCCAGUGCGAGAAAGGCAUGAGGGAAAGCCAGGGCCAUGGUGCGUGCCAGUGGGUGCUUUCCACCACACGCCCGCAGCUGGCCAGGGCGUUCUUAAGCCAGACCUGGAUGCUGGCAUCUCGCUCCAAAGACCCCGGGAAGCAGGGGCUGAAGCCCACAGAACGUCUCCUCUGUAAGGCCGCUGGCCCGCCCCCCGGGCCGCCUGUCCUUCCAAUCAGAGCCGUAGAUUGUCUCCCUUUCUGUGCUUCGGGGAGGCAUCACUCCCGUGGAAAUUCAGAGUGCUCUGAUUUCCAGAGGGACUUCUGCAAUUGUUUCCUACACUGUGCACUAAAUAUUUCUGUAAUCAGAGGUGGCUGGCUGUCCAGCUCUAAGGCAAUAAGUCACCAUAACUAAACUACAGAUCCAUGUUCAGCAAUAACUUGUUCUCAGGGCAGACUUUAAAACCCACUGCCAAAUUUCUCCAUGAAGCUGGAUGCUCCUGAGGACUGACCACCAGUAGCCAGCAGGUUGUCCAGCUUCCUGCUUCGUUGUAAUGGGUGUCAUACAAGAACAAGCCGUUGCUUGUUCGGAAAGGGACCUCAGACCCGUCCACAGCCUGCUGGACUCCGAGCCGGAAGACAGCCUUUGCCUCAGCACAGGCGACCUCUUCACACGGCUUGCUUCUCAGAGUGCUGCCGCAGGUGUGCCUGGUGGUUCAGGUCCCCGUCACCCUUUGUUCGGGCUAGAAAGGCAGGAGCGAGCUUGCUGGUAUUUAUUCAGUAAACCUGAGGUCAGGUAUCUUUUUGUUACUGUCUUCAAAACACUGAAUUGCUGUCACCUUGAUGUACAAGUUUCAAUAAAGCUUUUUAAAAAUAA